GGAUAAUAACUAAGCGUUAAAAAAUCUGAAAAUGCGCAUUUUAUCGGCAACCAACAAGCAAGAUGGCGGAACACAUUAAGUUGGCGCUAUGCACGUACGUGUGGACGGUUGAUCUAGAUCGACUACGCCGGAGUUCUCGGUCCAAACACUACUGAAUCUCCGCUGGCCUAAUAAUACUAGCUGCGACUGGCCUGGCUCAUUUGGAUGAUUCGAUUCGAAACAAUUUUUUAACAUCUGAGGCGGGCAAAUUUCUCCUUCAAAAUGGGCAAGAAAGCGAAAAUCGGAAAGCAGAGGAAAGACAGAUAUUAUCAUCUUGCUAAAGAAACAGGUUACAGGUCUAGAUCUGCUUUCAAGUUGAUACAGCUGAAUAGAAAGUUCUCUUUCCUUCAAGAGACUAGGGUAUUGAUUGAUCUUUGUGCAGCACCGGGAGGAUGGCUUCAAGUAGCAUCAAGGAACAUGCCGAUAUCCAGUAUGAUUAUUGGUGUGGAUCUCUUUCCCAUCAAACCCAUCCCUAAUGUUGUUUCUUUUACUUGUGACAUCACAACUACCAAAUGCAGAAUGCAAUUGCGUAAAGAGAUGAAGACCUGGAAAGCAGAUUGCGUCCUUCAUGAUGGAGCUCCUAACGUUGGUACAAGUUGGGUGCUGGAUGCUUUCUCACAAGCCCAACUGACCCUUCAUGCAUUGAAGCUUGCCUGUGAGUUCCUCAACAAGGGUGGUUGGUUUGUCACCAAAGUCUUCCGUUCCAAGGAUUACCAACCUCUCCUGUGGGUCUUCCAUCAGAUGUUCAAGAAAGUCCACGUCACCAAACCCCAGGCAUCCAGGAAUGAAUCAGCGGAGAUCUUUGUCGUUUGUCAAAGUUACAUUUCACCAGACAAGAUAGAUCCAAAGUUCUUUGACCCAAAGUACAUCUUCAAGGAGAUAGUAGGUGAGGAGACCAAGCAGAAGGCAACGAUCCUCAGAGACCCAUCCAAGGUGAAGAAACCCAAGGCUGAGGGGUACGCUGAGGGGGACUACACCUUGUAUCACCCUGUCCCGGUCUCAAAGUAUAUGAGUAGCGAGGAUGCACUGGAGAUGCUCAACAACUGCAGUGAGCUUGUGUUUGAUGACGACUCCAUCGCCUCUCACCCUCUAACAUCCAACGAGAUCAAGCUAUGUUGCCGUGACAUCAAGGUUCUAGGUCGUCGAGAGGUCAGGGAUCUCCUCAACUGGCACAAGAAAUACAACAAGCUGAAAGCAGAAUCGGAAGAGCAAGAAGCAAAUCAAGGGAAAGAGAAAUCAAAACCUGAAGAGAGUGAAAGUGAGGAAGAUGAAGAUGAUCAGGUUGCUAAGCAACUAGCCGACAUCAAGGAGGUGGAACGAUUAGCAGAAAAAAGGAAAAAGAAGGAUGCCCUCAAGAAGCGGAAGAAGCUACGAGAGCGACUUCACAAGUCCAAAGAACUUCAGACCACAUUGGGAGAUGCCUCACAGUCACAGGGGGAAUCAUUGUUUGGUCUUGUCAAUAUUAAAAAUACACAGCAACUUCAAACAGUCCACACCGAUGAUGCAGGCACAGUUGCUAAUGACAACGAAGGUCCUCCUGAAAAACAGAAGAAACAGCUUCCUUCCUUGAAACCUGUCAAGACUCCUCAAGUUAUCGAUGAAGAGGAGGAGGACGACGAUGAUGACGACGAUGACAAUGAUGGUAGUCUGAUUGACAGUGAGCUGGAGGAGGACGAGGCUAAUGCUCUCAGGGCGGAGAUUGAGAGGGUCAGCGGAAGAUACGAUUCUGAAUCAGAUCCGGAUACUGAUGAAGUGGCAUCAGAGGAUGAUGAUGAACCUGGGAAUCCCCUGAUGGUAGACCUUGAGAAGGAAGACCCUGAGGUGCGCGCUAAGAGAAAGACCAAGCUCUGGUUCAAGAAAGGAGUUUUCUCAGGUCUUGAUGAAGAUGAGGAUGAAGACUUUGAGAUCCAACAAGCAUCAAGUACCUACAAGCAGCAAGGAGGGGCUAUAUUAGAAAAGACAAAAAGCAGAAAACCAGAUGAGAGCAAAUCAAAGAGCAAGCGUAGCGUGAGCUUCAACACAACUGUCACCAGUCUUGACGAUAGCGGAGAGGAAGAAGAGGAUGAACUAUCAUCAGAGAGCGAUGAAGAAGAGAGUCAAACAAGGACUAAACAAAAUAAACUCAAGAAGGGACCAGAUUCUCGGUCAGCAGGGGUUGGUCCAAACUCUAGGUCCAAAUCUGAUUCGUAUGACAGUGACAGCUCCGAUAGUGACUACGAUGACGAGAUUAUGAUGAGGAAAGACUUUGAUGGGGAAGAGAUGAAUGAAAGUAUGAAUGGAACAAAUGAAGGGAAGAAUAAGAAGAGGAAAAUGGAGGAUGGUGAAGAGAAAGUCGAAGCUGUUCCUGCAAAAAAAUCAGUUAAAAUCCAAAAUCACUUGGAUCCCGAGGGACUAGCCUUGGGUACCAUGAUGGCCACGUCCAGGAAAGCAACCAGAGAAAUCAUUGAGCAUGGUUACCACAGGUAUUCAUAUGGAGACAAAGACCGGAUCCCUGAUUGGCUGCGACUGGAUGAAACUAAGCACUGCAGAAGAAACAUGCCUGUUAGUAAGGAGCUUGUUGCAGAGUACCGUGCAAGGCUACGGGAGGUUAACGCUCGUCCAAUCAAGAAGAUUGCUGAGGCCAAGGCAAGGAAGAAGAAACGGCAGAUGGUGAAGCUCGAGAAGCUACGUAAGAAAGCAGAGGUGAUCAGUGACAUGGUAGACUCCUCGGAGACAGAGAAGAUGCAUCAAAUGAAGAGUCUAUACAAGAAGAUGAAGAUCGGUAACAAGAAAAAGGAUGUCAAGUAUGUUGUGACUAGGAAACAUCAGGCUAGUAAGAGAGUCAGUCGACCUAAAGGAGUCAAAGGUCCAUUCAAGGUCGUUGAUCCCAGAAUGAAGAAAGAUGUAAGAGGCAUGAAGAGGGCACAAGAAAGGAAGAAGAACAACAAGAAGAAGCGGUGAUUUCUGGAAGUAUGGAUAAUGGACUUUGAAUUCAGAGACUUGAUAUUGUAUUUUAAAAAUAUUGUUUCUGUGCUUUGGUAUAUAAGCACUGCAACUUAAUGGAAUGAUAACAUGUGAGUUUGGCAUUUGUACAUUGAUGCCUCAUCAUGCGCUAUUAAAAGAGUUGUUAAUUUUCUUCACACCUAGUAACUUUUCAUACCAAAUCCAGUCCAACAGACCAGUUUGUAAAGCUGUUCAUAAUGUUAAGCACAACCUUACACAUGACGGUGACUCAUUCUUGUACUGCAUUUUAACAUGAGAGUGCUUUUCCUCAUUUUUAAUUCAAAUACUUUUGAACAAUGCAAGUUGUAAUCUACAAAGAUCAUAUUUCAAAUGCAGCCAAUAGGAUUCAAAAUGAUUGAAAAUAUGAUUUAGCCACCAAGAAAAGGUCACCAGUCAUACGUCAGUUGUAUGAUCAGACAGAAAAUGUAUAUCAUACUAUGAUAUAGGACCAAGACACAUUUUAGAACCACUCCCCUCCCUCCAAAAAUAUAAUAAUAAUAAUAAUAAUGAUAAUAAAGGGAAAAGAGAUGGUAAUUUCUAUUGACAGCUAUCCACUUGUCACUUUUCUUCAACAUUGUUAUUUUUAAUUUGGUACUGAUCUUUUAUCUGGUAAAAAUUUAAUUUCUUUAUUUCAUUGUAUUUAUUAAAAAAAUCUGUUGGCACUAUUCCCGGAUAUAUAUAAAUAGUACAGGAGAAAAUUGAUAGAUACAAUGUUUGCAUAUUUUAGUUUGAUGGGCUGUUCCAGGAAAUUUUGUUCCUCAACUCUAUAAACAAGUUUCUGUUCCAAUCUUGAACAAUAAUACAAUCAUGUUCAUGCUGAUAGAAUGGGCAUCUCUAUAAGGAAGACAACUAAUUGUGACGUAUUUUGAAAAUAAAAUGAUUUUAUUAUAAAUGCA